GAGAGACCGAUGCAGCCUGCUGCAACCUGCACCAAGAGCAAUCCACCCCGGAAAAUUUCAAUCCAGGUCUAGCCUCGUCCAGCGAUCACAGCCCUCGUUAAAUACUACUCUUUCUCUCAAAAUUGGAUGAAGACAACCGGAUGGAGCAGUCUCGACAAACCAGGCACCUGUGGAUCCUGCCCGGAUAGACGAUUAUCUAAGCCCGAUCGCUGUUUGCGUCAUGCGCCGCGUGCGGUUCUCUGGAAUGUGGGAACGUAUCGGCAGAUCAACAGAUCGAGUCGGAUCUGUCAGGAGACGGUAGUAUGUGCAGGUUACAUAUGGAGGUCACGAUCAACAAACAUUGAAAACGGUUAAGAGAAGGUAGUGCUACGAAGAGUCGAAUGAAGCAAACAUGACAAUAAUAAUACACGCAUUGUCAUGAAAACCAAAU